AUGUUCCAUCUCAGCUUUGAAUCACUGCAUACCGACCUCCCGACAGUUAUCGCCACUGUUCAUCUGGUCCCCUACCUUCAUCGACUCUCAUCGACUUCGCUCAGUAUCCUGGUCCUCUACGUCGCAAAGUUUUCCGAUGCAUGGCUGGGAUACGUGGCUUACCACGAACAUCUUUCGGAGGUUGUUCAUGAUCUGCAUCGCAAAUAUGGUCCCUUUGUCCGCAUAGCGCCCAAUCACAUUUCUGUGGCCCUGUCGGAUGCGCAUCCCUUGGUAUACGGGCACGGAAAUGGGGCACUGAAAUCGUCGUUCUAUGAUGUGUUUGCGAGCACAUCCCGUUCCCUAUUUGACAUUCGCGAUCGCCAGGCCCAUACUCGCAAACGAAAGAUCAUCUCGCACGCUUUUUCACAGAAGAGCGUCCUCGAGUUUGAGCCGCAUGUACGCAGUUACAUCAGUCAACUGCUAGGACAAUGGGACAAGCUAUAUGACAAGGCUCUCAAAGGAAUGUCAGGGGAGGAAGGUGAAGGCUGGACGGGUCGUGAUGGGAGGAUGUGGCUGGACUGCUUGCCAUGGGCAAACUAUCUUACGUUCGAUAUUAUCGGUGAUCUGGUGUUUGGUGCUCCAUUCGGGAUGAUCACAGCAGCGAAAGAUUUUGCUCUGGUUCCUAAAGAUCAACAUGCCGUGUUGAGCUCUUACGGGAAAGUAGGGGCAGAGUAUUCUACAAAGGAGAUUGAGGCUAUCAAGACUUUAGGUGGAUCACAGCCCUUCGUGGCGACGGCGGGACCUUUACCUGGAUGGUGGAGGCCACUAGUCAAAUACACUCCAUGGCUUUGGCAGGCAGGAAAAGACUUUGACGCCAUGAUAGGGAUGGCGAUGGUGGCGGUAUCGAAGAGGUUGGAAGUACCGACAGACAGGAAUGAUUUGCUUAGCAAGCUGCUAGCCGGGAACGAUGAAGAUGGCAAUCCAAUGGGUCGCGAAGAACUCACUGCAGAAGCGUUGACUCUUCUCAUAGCAGGAUCUGAUACCACAGCCAACUCUACAUGUGCCAUUGUCUACCAUCUCGCGCGCACACAGAGCGUACAAGAGAAACUUCAGAAAGAGUUGGACGAGCACUUGGGCUCUGACGUCGCUAUAGCCGAGCAGGCGAAGAACCUCCCCUACUUGCAAGCAGUCAUCAACGAGGGGCUGCGUCUGUAUCCCGCGGUGGCUAUGGGGCUUCCUCGUGUAGCACCUGAGGGCGGGAUGAUGAUUUUAGGAAAUUACUUCCCUGCUGGCACGAUUGUCAGUGUCCCUACUUAUACGAUUCAUCGGGACCCAGCGGUGUUUGGGGAUGAUGUCGAAGAGUUCAGACCUGAGAGAUGGUUUGAACGUGACAGCGCCAGCAUGUCUAAAGCGUUUAAUCCGUUCUCUGUUGGCCCUCGGGCAUGUAUUGGGCGUAAUCUAGCGAACCCUCCAACUGCAGAUCAUCAUUGCGUCAAUUUUCAAGCGGUUCCAUUUCGUUUUGGAGAAUCCUGA